AUCUGUUUUAAAUACUUGGGUGACAGAGUCAAGUAUUGGGUCACCUUCAAUGAGCCAAAUUAUAUAGUCCCACUUGCCUAUCGUAUAGGUAUAUUCCCACCAUGCCGUUGCUCUAGCAAAUUUGGAGAUUGCAAUGAGGGAGAUUCAGAGAAAGAACCUUUUGUGGCAGCCCAUAAUAUGAUCCUAUCACAUGCAGCUGUAGUUGAUAUGUAUAGAAACAAAUACCAGACUGAGCAAGGGGGGAAAAUAGGCAUUGUCCUACACUGUGACUGGUUUGAGCCGUUAAGCAAUUCCACAGAAGAUAAAUUGGCCACUGAAAGAGCACAAUCAUUCAACAUUAAAUGGAUAUUGGAUCCAAUCUUGUUCGGUAAGUACCCAAAAGAGAUGGAGAUGAUUCUAGGAACCAUCUUACCUAAAUUUUCCAGCAAUGACAAAGCUAAAUUGAGGAGAGGACUGGAUUUCAUUGGCAUAAACCACUAUGCAAGUUACUAUGUCCGAGACUGCAUAUCAACCGUGUGUGAAUCUGGGCAAGGAGUCACCAGAACAGAGGGUUUAUAUCAACAAACUUCACUAAAAAACGGUGUCCCAAUUGGAGAGCUUACUCCAUGUGAUUGGCUCAACGUUUAUCCACAAGGCAUGAAGAAAAUUCUUAUCUAUCUAAAAGACAGAUAUAAUAACACUCCAAUGUUCAUCACCGAAAAUGGAUAUGGCAAUUUGAAUGAUCCAGAUCUUACCGAGGAAGAAUAUCUUAAUGAUUUUAAGAGAAUAGAGUACAUGUCUGGUCACUUAGAUAACCUAAUGGCAGCAAUAAGGGAAGGAGCAGAUGUGAGAGGUUACUUUGCCUGGUCCUUGCUCGACAACUUUGAGUGGAAAUUUGGGUUUUCAUUGAGAUUUGGACUUCACCACGUUGAUUUCGCCACACUGAAGAAAACCCCAAAAUCCUCAGCAAGUUGGUACAAACAUUUCAUUGAAAAGUAUACAACCGAGAGCAUUGUGGCCGAACAAACAAUAGAAGGCAAAUACCAAGCUUAGAACCUUAGUAAGUCCAGACCCUAAAAUGAAAAACUCGGAUUAAUUUGCAGUGAAAUACAUCAUGAUUACUCUUUGGAAUCUUUAGAUUUGAUCCACCUGUUCGGACUUGAACAGGAUAGCAAGGACAUCACAGUAAUUUGCAUCAAAUUUUAUGUAAUUAUCCGAAUUCUAAACUAUUAAAUCAAGUAGCGGAUUGGAUUGGUAUUUGGAGAGAAACCAUUUGAUCCAAAUACUCCAAUUAUCUAUAAUUAUUUGAAUUAAUUUUCUGUUU